UUUACCAAUCAGUGUGUCCUCUACACUGCACAGUGCUGUUCUUGUCACAGCUCAAGAGGAAGUGACUUCACCUCUUCAGUCACCGGAUGUCCGUGGAAGAAACCAUGAUCGUGGGGUGCGCUCCCGUAGGUAUGGCCAGUCGCCCACAAGAGUACGUUUCGAAGACGAGUCAGAAAAGGAGGCUGAGCGACGAUACCUGGAGCGGGUGCGUGAACGUGGGCCAGUGGUGGUUGAGAAAUCCCACUCCACCCAACAGCUGAAGACAGAUCCGGUAUACAAUAUCCCAGAGGAAAGCAGGGGGAAGGCAAUAAACUGGGUAAACGUUGGUAUCCCUGUGGCCAUAUUAACCAAAGAGGGAGAGUGUUUGGCUGCCAUGGUGCCAAAGGACGAAAUGCUCAGGACAUGUGAAACCUGUGGAAGCAUCUUGGGACCUGCACAGACCAAAGAUUGUCCUUCCAAGGCGACACAGAGUAUCGUAGACUCUCGGGAGAAGGCAGUCCCUCGGUGGGUCAGCCCUAGCCAAUCAUGUCGCCGAACCAUCCACCCGACCUUCAUGGAAAGCUUAACUUUUACUGGAGGUGUCAGCCUGGCAGAAAGUGUAGGGCGGGGAGGUGUAGGAGGUGCAGGUGAGAGCAUGUCAGCUUUUGGGAAGCUUCGAAGAAGGAGCAGGAAAGGGGAAAACAGAGUUGAAACCAGUAAUGGUCCUUAUGCUCGGAGUCAGGAUCUAUGGGCUCAGAGAAGGAACUCCAAAACCAGGUCAAGUCUGGAGGAUAAAACUACUCGCUCUAAAGUUCUAAAGACGUCUGCUCAAGGCUCUACAGAAACCUCACCUGACCAUGAGAAUAAGGACCUAUCUAGCAAUGUCAGGGACUCUCCUCCACACCUCCCCAUCAAAUCAGCUCUAAAAUCAGGUUCUAAAAGCCGUCCAACAGGGCAACGGGUGGUCAAGCUAAUGCCCUCAGUUCAGUACCGUUUAAUUCACCUUGACCACAAGCUGGAUGGAGGCUCUCACCAUGAAAACAUACAACCUGAAGAGCACCUCAGUGUCACCCUCAGUGCCUCCCCUCAGGUUCAUCCUGUCACAUCUGGACUGACGUCUUGCAACAGACCAUCCUCUCUCAGGUAUUCCUCAUCUAUGCUGACAACAGACCUUCAGGGUCUAACAAUUUGGGACUCUGCAGGCGACCCGGUCACUGGUAAGUUUACCUGAAAUUAGAUCUUAAAUGAUGAAAUGUGGCAUCCCUCUAGCCUUAAGUAUACAACUGAAAAUUGCCUGAAAAACAACUAGUGAGAUGUAGCCUCUAGAUGAACAACAGGUUUACACAUAACCUGAUUCAGAACUACUCCGAUAUGGUUUGCUCAUUCAUUUGUUGUGCAUCAGGUCAUUUGGUAAGUGAGGGUGUCUGUAUGGAUCCCAGAAGCACUUGCACAGCUCCUGUUUCCUCAGAUUGCCGCCCAGCUUUGAGAGCUGUGGGUAUGUCCAAGGCAGAGGACCUGAGGGCAGAACUUCUGAGAGCAGAGCACCGAAAAGCUGAAAUACACUGGGAUGACAGUUUAGCUGUGUCUAGGAGAACAGGGGAGCGAGAAGGGAGGCCUAAGUUAUCCCUCCGUCGCUUUUUCUCAGCCAUGGGACUGAACAGUAUGGGUAAGCUGGUAAAGGGCAGCCGGUCCAACAGCAUGGAGCACCUGUGUUCCCCCACUGCCCGCUACAGUUCUGCCACCCCAAGUCCUACACACAGAGGCCUUGUCCCUCUGAAGAGGACCCCCUCUCUCCAGUCUCUCCACACAGAGUCUCCUUUGGCUCAGUUACGUAAAGCAUCUUCUGUCCAGAGUCUACAGUCCCCGAAAAGGAAGUUUGAACGUUCCACUAUAUUAGGAGAGAUACCACUGCCAUUGAGUUUGGCACCAAGGGAGCUUCAAAAGGAAGAAAGCAUGGAGGAGGCACUAGAGGAUUUUCGAGGUCCACUAGGGCGGCUGGUGCAGGCCUUUCCUGAUGGGACUUUACUGAUAGAGCUUAUCAGACCUCCCAACAAUGGACCCUUUGGCUUUGUCAUCUCUAGGGGUAAAGGAAGACCUGACUCAGGUAUAUAUGUGGAACGGGUCGGAGACAGUGCCACAGAGAACAUCUACACUGGACUCCUGGGUGUUGGAGAUGAGAUUCUAGAAGUCAAUGGAGAAAUCAUUGCUGGACUGACCCUAGAUCAAGUUACACGCCUCAUGACCCGUGACAGCAAAGCCACGAUCCGGAUCCUUCCACGUUCCUGGAUCAAGCACUGAUGCAGUUGAGAGGCAAAAUACAGAGCAUGGAGUUAUGCAGAUAAGAUCAAAAUAAAGGAAAGUUUACAGAGCACUGAUUGAGAUGACUUUUACAUAGUAUUGUUCUCCAGUCAUGGGUUAAGAAAUCUAAAAUGGCUUUUACAAUACUUUGUAAACAGAGCAAUAAAAAAUAAAAACAUUUAAAACUUGUAUUUUUUUGUUUUGUUUUAAAUACCUGCCUCUGGUCUUUUUUAAAGCUGCCGUCCGUAAGUUUUGCC